AAAGCCGGAGUGUGGAGACGACAACCAUCGAAGAAACCGAUAAAGUUGUCUAGCCAGUUUACUUCAAAACUAUCUUAUCACGCCAUUUCGUAUCUAGUGGUUUUAGAGUAUGUAAGAAUGAACAGUAUUGAUGUAGGUGUUAUAGCUAGGUAAAUCAUUAAACACGUGGAGUUGCAGACAGUUAUUACCUGACGGAAGCUGACGACAAACAUCAGCGGCUGGUUCGUUGGCCAUGGCGGACCCAGAGACGCCCCGCUCGGGCAAGUCCUCGGGCAAGUCCAAGCGCUCCAGCUCUGGUAAGAGCAAAAAGGCCAAGAACCAGAGCAUCACGCCUGCUCCCGAGGAGAGCCUGCCUGAAGACAAGGAGACGCAGCCUGGAGAGGAGAUUCAAGAGGAAAGCAGCCAAGGAACGGCUGUGACCGUAGAAGAAGUGGACACGUACACCGUGGGCCUGAGGACGCUGUUUAAAAACCGCGUGGCUCUGACUGGCAUGUCUAAGCUACCUUGGUCAGAGGAGAACGAGAAAGCCCUGGAUAAGUUCAUCCUGGACAGCUCCAACAGGACCCUAGUGGUCUACCCAGACCCCUACGAUGGCCUCCGGGUGGAGUACGCCAUGCCAUCUCAGGUGGUAGACCAGCUGGCCUUCUUCGUCCGCUCUGAUGGUGGUCUGAUCCUCGAGGAGACGUUUGAGAGCACGGUGCAGUUUGGUACGGUGCGGGGCAACGCCACCGAGAGCCUGCUGAGGAUGAUGAACGGAGUGCACGCCCCCCAGGUCACCCUCAGCACCGCCUGGCCCGAGAGCAUCAAGAACAACUACUCCGCCCACAUGCAUCGCUUCCUCACAAACCUCACAGACACCAGGUUCAAGCUGGUGGGCAACACAGUGCUGUAUAUCCCUAUGGAGACCCUGCAGCAUAGCCCGGAGGUGGCCAGCAAGGACAAGGAGCUGGUGCAGAGACUGGAGAUGGUGAUGAUCCACUGGACCCGUCAGAUCAAGGAGGUGCUGAAUGCUCAGGAGACGGUGGAGACGGGGGACAGCUCUGGACCCCUGGAGGAGAUCUCCUUCUGGAGGAGUCGUUGUGCCGACCUCUCUGGGAUCAGCCAGCAGUUGCAGAAGCCCGGGGUCCGUCACGUCCAGACCACACUGCAGCUCUCCAAGUCCUCCUACGUACCCCCCUUCUGCAAGCUGGCCAAGCAGAUCCAGGAUGGCUCUCUCCAAGCCCAGUCCAACCUGUCCUUCCUGUCCCUGCUGAGGGAGCCAUGUGAGGAGAUGGCUCAGCUCAAGCCCAGAGAGGUGGUUCCUAAGCUGGCCCACAUCCUCAACCUCAUCCGCCUCAUCUGGGUCAACUCUGUCUACUACAACACCCGCGAGAGACUCACCGCUCUCUUCAGAAAGAUGAGUAAUGAGAUUAUCCGGCUGUGCUGCAGAGAUAUCUCCCUGGACAGGAUCUUUCAAGGCUAUGUGGUGUCCAGCAAGCAGACCCUCAACGACUGCAUUCAGUGCUGCCUGGCCUGGAAGGAGCUUUACCUGCACGCUUCACAGCUGCACCACAAGUACUCUUCUAAAGGCUGGGUCCUGGACCAGACCAGCAUCUUUGCUUUGGUCGAUGCCUUUGUACAGAGGUGCAAAGACCUGCUGGAGGUGUGUGACUGCCAGCAGCAGUUUGCCAGGCGGGAGGAGGGCGAGCAGAUACCCCUGCCCUGCUUCGCCGGACGCCAGGGGGCGGAGGUGACCCGCAGCCUGCUGGAGAUGGAGUCCACGUUCGGACGCAGCCUGAUGAUCCUCCAACACGUCCGCAAGGGCAUCCUGGACGUAAAGAACACCUCCUGGCACGACGACUACAACAGGUUCCGUGCGGGAGUGAAGGAUCUGGAGGUGAUGAUGCAGAACCUGAUCAGCACGGCGUUUGAGACGGUCAACACCGUGGAGGAGGGCGUUCAGCUGCUAGACGUCUUCCAGCACCUGUCUGCCCGCGAGGCCAUCAAGAGGACCAUAGACAGGAAGACGGUAGAUGUCUAUGGUCUUUUUAACAAGGAACUCAACCUGGUCAACAAGGAGCUGAGUAAAAAGGUGUUACACACCCCUGCCCACAUGCCCCUCCACGCUGGACAGGCCCACUGGGCUAGAGCCCUGCGGCGGCGCAUAGAGAGACCCAUGGAGGUGGUACAGUGUGCCCACUUCAUGCCUCACAUCGGCAGUGGAGAGGAGGUGCGUCUGGCGUACAGCCAGCUGGUCCAGACCCUGGAUGAGUUGGUCCGGAGGGUCUUCUCUGAGUGGAGUCAGUCUCUGGACCGACAGAGUCUCAAGAGGCUGGACCAGCCACUCAUGGUGCGCUGCAAGGAGAAACAGGGCAUGCUGGACAUCAACUUCGACAAGAACAUGCUGAAGAUGUUCAAUGAGAUCCACUACUGGGAGCGCCUGCUGUUCGAGAUCCCCCACUACGUCUCUGACGUCUACCAGAGGAGAGAGGAGCUCCGCAGCAUGAGGGAGAGUGUGCUGCUGGUGGUACGAGACUACAACCGGAUCAUCGCGUCGCUGUCUGCUGAAGAGCUGGGUUUGUUCCGGGAGCGAAUCCGCUUCCUGGACAAGAAGAUCCAGCCAGGUCUCUCCAAGCUGCUCUGGUCCUCUAAAGGAGCGUCCAGCUUCUUCAUCAAAGACUGCAGGCUGCACGCCAGCAAGAUCCAGCUCAUCGUGGAUGAGUACAAGGCAGCCAACCUGGCCAUCUCCCGUCAGUGUGGUCUGAUCAGUGAGCUGCUGCUUGUGCGUGUGGAUGGGAAGACAGUGUACAGGGACCUGGAGUUUGAGGGGGACCAGCAGGCCCACCAGCAAGCCCAGCUCCAGCGGCUCCACUCAGCACACCAGGACAUCGUAGCCAUCAUGUCCCGGGUCUACGAGACCUUCCGCACAGACGGACCAGAGGUCCAGCAGCACUGGGUUGUGUACACAGAGAAGAUGGACGGCUUGGUGGAGGAGGCUCUCCGUCUCAACAUCAAGUGGUCCUUACAGGAGCUGUCCAAGGCCAUCAACGGAGACAGCAAGACUUCCCCCAACCCCCUCUUCAGGGUGCAGGUGGUACUACGCCACGAGGGCCCCGGGGCCACCUCACAGGUGGAGUUCUCCCCCACUCUACAGAAACUGGCUCAGAUCGUGAACAACAUCAGUUGUCAGCUGAUCGGCACCAUCUCUGUGUUCAAACGCCUCCCGGACCUCCUCACACGCAGACGCUCACAGAGGAAACCUGUACGCUGCAUCAUAGAACAAGAUGAGGAGAUCGGUAAGAUUCAGGCAGCGGUAGCAGCAGGAAUGACGGCCAACGCAGGCCACCUGCAGGCUUACCUGAAGACCUGGGACAAACACAGAGAGAUCUGGGAGAUCAACAAGGACCCCUUCAUCAGGAGAUACCAGCGUCUCAACCCCCCCGUGUCCUCCUUCGACGCCGACAUCGCCAGGUACACGGAGGUGGCCAACAACGUUCAGAAGGAGGAGACGGUGUUGAGUGUUCAGUUUGUGCUGCUGGACUGUGCUCCCCUGAAGUUCAGCCUGGUGCAGCACUGUAACGAGUGGCAGGGCAAGUUCACCCAGCUGCUCGGCCUCAUGGCCAGCACCAGGCUCAAAGAGCUGCACGUCUUUCUGCAGGAGAACGCUCUCAGGCUGAGCCAGUCCCCUCAGUCCCUGGUGGAGCUGGGUGAGAGUCUGAAGCUACUGGAGACACUACAGGGAGACCUUCAGAAGAUAGAGAGUCAGAUCCCUCCCAUCCAUGAACAGUUUGCUAUCCUGGAGAAGUACGAGGUCACCGUGGACCAGGCUGUCCAUGAGAUGUUGGAGGCUCUGAACGGGGAGUGGGUGUGGUUCCAACAGGUGGUGAUAGACAGUGACAUCAUGCUGAAGAAACACAAGGACAAGUUCAAGAGCAGCCUUAUCUUCUCAGCAGAGGAGUUUAAGAAGAAAAUGCAGACUACUGUCCAGACCUUCAGCAGCUCAGGUCCGUUUGGUAGUGUGGUGACGUGCGAAUUGGCUCUGGAGAAGGUAGCAGCGCUGAGAGGCCAGCUAGACACGCUGAAGGAGGAGGAGGGAACCAUACGCCACGGCCUGGGCAUCUUCAAGCUUGAACAGCCGUGCUCUAAAGACGUACAGACCCUGGAGAAGGACCUAGACUACCUGCAGCAGGUGUGGGAGAUCACCCAGCAGUGGGAUGCCCACUGGGAUGAGUGGAAGGAGGGUCAGUUUGUCACUCUGCAGACAGAGAGCAUGGAGAACACCGCCCAGGCCAUGUUCAAGAAACUACACAAACUCAGCAGGGAACUCAAG